AUGAAGGCAGUUUGUAGGCGCAAUGGAUUGAAGCGGUAUAGAUGCCAAAAACAUAGCUGUGGAGAAGAGCGCGAAUUGUAUGACAGAUCGACGAUCCAGAAACUAACGGAGAUCUUCGAUUUCGAUUAUCCUGCGAGCAAGGAGGUGUUGCAAGCAAAGCAGCUCUUCGGGAGCGAUUCGGGCGGCUCGAGAUACGAUUGCAGUCAAUGCAGUGGAAAUUCUGUUCCAGAUGAAUUGCAGUAUACUCCUUUGGAGACGUUCAGCAGCCCGUCUUACCCACUUUCGCUGCCGCCACCAGGAUCAGACGAGGAUAUCCAACCUGUUCCAUCGGAAAGGCGACAUGAGAACUUGCGGUCUCUCCAGGAGUACGUUUCCGCGUUCGUGAGCGCCGAAAGGCGGUUACUAUUGCAUGAUCUGCUUUCUGGCGACAUCUAUGAUAGCUGA